UCUUAAAUGACAUUUGACAUGAUUCGAAGCGAUUAGCGAAUCUAAAACGGUUAACUUUCGGCUACCUUCAUAUUGUUUUAAUAAUAUCAAAGAAAGCCGGCGAGUCUUAUUAAUUAAAUUAAUACAUAAAUAUAAUCCUACAGUUUCUUACCAGAGUUAAAUGAGAAGACAAUGGCCGCUAUACUUGGCGGUGGGCUGGGUGGUCUCUCUACAGGCUAUUAUUUGCUCAAAAACAAUUUAAAUUCUAACAAUAAUUUAAAACUGUACCUUCUAGAGGCUACUAAUUACUGCGGCGGAUGGAUUAAAUCCAUAAGGACAAAGGAUUACGUUUUUGAGCAAGGCCCAAGAACUAUACGGCCCAAAGGAGUUACCGGGCUUAAUACACUGAAUAUGAUACAAGAUUUGGGCCUUAGCGAGCAUAUAUCACCUAUAAAACCGGACCACCCUGCCGCUAGGAACAGAAUGAUAUACGUAAACAAUAAUUUGUAUUUAUUGCCUUCAAGUUUAAAAGGUGUAUUCCAAAAGAAUGAGCCCUUUUCGAAGCCGCUGAUUUACGCACUUUAUCACGAUUUAAAGAAGCCUCACAAACAGUUGAAAGAUGAUUCGAUUUAUAACUUCGUUGAAAGGAGAUUCGGGAAGGAAAUUGCUGAUUAUGCAAUUUCACCAAUGAUUUGUGGCAUCUGUGCUGGGGACGCUAAAGAGAUUUCAGUUAAAUUUUUAAUGAAAACUCUAUUUGAAUGGGAGCAAACCCACGGAGGCGUCGUAAAAGGUUUGAUGAAGUCAUUGUUCAGUUCGAAGACUGGAAAUGAAUUAGUACUAAGUGAUUUAGCAAGGAAGGCUCAGGAAGAAAAAUGGAGUGUUUACACGAUAAAAGGUGGCUUGGAAAUGUUUCCCAACAAACUGCAAGCCCACUUAAAAGAUAACAAUGUAACCAUGAACUUGAGUACAAAAGUUGAAGCCAUAGAAUUUGUGGACUCUGGAUCUGUUUCGUUAAAUAUUCAAACAGGAGAAAAGUUAUCAGUGAAUCAUGUGUAUUCUUCAAUACCAGCUUAUUGUCUAGCAAGCUUAGUACAAAAACAGCAUCCAGAAUUAGCUAAAACACUAAAAGAUAUACCAUUUGUAACUGUGGGAAUAGUAAAUUUGUAUUUUGCCACUCAAAAACCUUUGAUAAAGCCGGCAUUUGGUUUCUUAGUUCCUCCGAUUGAAAAUUCUCCCAUAUUAGGUGUAGUCUUUGAUUCGUGUUGUAUGCCAGAUCAAAAUGGAACUGUUUUAACAGUGAUGCUUGGAGGCAGAUGGUUUGAAGAAAAAUUUGGAAAAAAUACAACAUCGGAGAAUUUAUAUAACAUUGCUGUCAAAGAAGUAGGUUCGAUAUUGGAUAUUAAAGACAAACCAACAGCAUUUAAUGUGAAUAUUUUAAAUAGAUGCAUACCUCAGUAUGUAGUAGGACAUUAUGAGAGAGUUGAUGAGAUUAGACAAUACAUAAAAAGUAAUAAUUUGCCAAUUUCUUUAAUAGGCAGCAGUUAUGAUGGUGCCAACUAAAAGUAUAUUAUUAUGGUAUUAAACACUUGCUACACCCCUGACAAUGUUGAUGUCAAUGAAGAGACCACUCACACAUCAGCUGGGGCCAUAUGCUGCGAACGCAAUAAAAUAACUAGAACUCUGUUACAAGACUGAAGAAUAAAUAAAACUGAGACAGUAAUAUAUAUUUCUAUUGUAUAAUUUUUAAAAAUAUAUUUAAAAAUUAAAACUAUUUAUUAAAAAUUUAAAAAAUUAAAA